AUGGACGCUGGCGUGUUGAGUGCAUUUAUAAACAAUCUUGUGGCAAGGUUGUUUGUGCUCGCGGAUGAGAACUACAAGCUGUACAAGGACUUUGAAGAGGAUGUUCAUUUCCUAACCGAAGAGCUCCAUAUGAUCACUAGUGCCAUCGAUGAUCAGCUGUCAGGGCGGAGUGAUCGCGCAUUGCAAUUUAAGGUCAAUGAAUUGCAUGAAUUGGCCCUACAAAUGGAGGACUGCAUAGACCGCAUCAUGUACCAUGCCUCUAAAGAACAGCAACCAUGGUACCAUAUGAAUCAAGCAUCCGGGCGCAGAAUAAGGUCUCGCUUGCAGUUAGCAAAAGAAAUGCAGCGGCUGAAAAAGAGGUUGCUAGAGGCCCACCAGCGCAAGGAGAGAUACUCUGUGCCCCGUCUGUCCCAUCCUGAGCUGCCUCCAUCGGCCUCAGAUCGUCACAUCGCUCGGGACGAUCUUGUCUGCAUUGACACGCCUCUGAAGGAGAUUCUGGAGCACUUGUCAGAAGCAGAAGGGCAACUGGAGCAACUGAAAGUGAUCUCCAUCGUUGGGUUUAGUGGACUGGGGAAGACUGUUCUUGCCCAAGAGUUGUAUGACAGUGAGGUUGGCAGGCAAUUCGAGAAAAGGGCAUGGGUAUCCGCAGGGCAACGGAAUCUAGAGGAACUCUUAACCGAGAUACUCCGGCAAGUGCAUGAGCCACUAUCACUAGUUAACUGCAAUGCUCGUCAGCUUAGCACUAAUCUCAGGAACCAUCUGAAUAACAAGAGGUAUUUCAUUGUAAUUGAUGACAUGCGAUCAACGGAUCAAUGGAAUAGUAUAAAAUCCUCCUUCCCACGGCCGCGUGAUGUUAGCAGCAGAAUUGUGGUGACAACGAAAAUCCAGUCAGUGGCUAAUACCUGCAGCUCUACCAAUGGCUACAUGCACAAAAUGCGAAGACUUGACGAAGAAUACUCAAAGCAACUGUUACUAAAGGAGUCGUGUCUGCAGGAAUAUUCGGCUUCGCAUCUGGAUUCCAAGGCAAUAUUGGAUAAAUGUGAUGGUCAACCACUUGCUUUGACUUCUGUAGGCCAAUUCAUUCAAAGUAGAAAUUGGGCAGAAUGGGAUGGUGUUUGCAAGGAGGUACGCAGUCAUCUGGAUAGCGAUGAUACCUUAAAGAGAAUGUACCAGAUGCUGACCCAUGAAUACAGCAGCCUGCCAAGCCAUGAACUCAAAGCUUGCUUGUUAUAUUUUGCUAUGUUCCCCAGUGAUUGUCGAGUCAGGGUGAAAAGACUAAUGAGGCGAUGGUUAGCUGAGGGAUUUCUAAUACCAACAGUUUUAUGCAGUGAUCCUGCAACUCAAAGUUUAAAGGAGCUCAUGGAUCGCAACAUCAUCCAGUCCAUUGAUGUAAUAAGCAACAAUAUGAAGGUAAAAACAUGCAAAACCUAUGGCAUGAUGCAUGAGUACAUUAUGUGCAAGUCUCUGUCUGAAAAAAUGAUUGCUCUGUUUUAUGAUGGGAAGCUUCAACCCAGAGCUGCUCGUCGCCUUUCCCUCCAUGACAGCAAUAUUACAGAUGCCACCAAAUCGGAAUUUGAUCUCACCCUCGUCAGAUCUCUGAUAGUGAUUGGACAGGCAGGUAAAGCUAUUUUGGAUUUCAGAAAGUAUCAGUUGCUGAGAGUCUUGGAUCUUGAACAGUGUACCGACUUGCAUAAUGAUCAUCUCAAUGAAGUAUGCAACCUAUUACUUAUAAAAUAUCUAAGCCUAGGGGGCAGGGUUACCAGCCUUCCAAAGGAGAUAAAAAGACUAAAACUUCUGGAGACACUUGACCUAAGGAGAGCAGAUGUAAAGAUCCUAUCUCCAGAAGUUAUCCAGCUGCCCAACUUAAUUCAUCUCUUUGGAAAGUUCAAGCUUCCAAAUACAGUCGUGCUAAGCAAACUGCAGAAAUUUCUUUCUUCACGACAAUGUAAGUUAGAGACGCUAGCAGGAUUUAUGGUUGAUGAAAGUGAGGGAUUUGCAGAACUCAUGGUUCAUAUGAAAAGACUACGGAAGGUGAAGAUCUGGUGUGAAUCAUCCGCAACAAGUAGUAGCUUGAGUAAUGUUGAGAAGGCCAUACAUAAGUUCAUUCAUGAUGUAAACGACUCGGCGGAUGACCCUCGUUCAUUGUCAGUGCAUUUUGAUGGAUGCUCUGAAGAUUUGCUAGAAGGCUUGAAGGCUCCCUGCUAUCUCAAGUCCUUAAAGUUACAGGGUAGGUUACUGAAAUUGCCUGAGUUUGUCACGGCUCUUCGUCGACUCAGGGAAUUGUGCCUUGAAUCAACUAGAUUGACAGCUGAUCUUCUAACAGCUUUGGGUUAUUUGAAAGACCUGCUAUACCUGAAGCUGAUUGCAGAUGAACUUGAUCAGAUCACCUUUAGGAACAGUGCGUUGCCCAAACUGCUCUGCCUUUGUUUUGUGGUGAAACAUCCAACAUUUCCAAACAUUGAAGGAGGUGCUUUGCCACAUCUCAUAUCACUUCAGCUGAUAUGUGAAAAAAUGGAUGGCCAGUGCAGCAUCCAGAUCAAAGGCUUUAAAUGUCUGAGGGAAGUAGUUCUUGACGAUGAAGUCAACACUGAUACUAAGGCAAAAUGGGUACAGGCGGCCAAGGAACACGAGAACAGGCCAAAAGUUCUUCUGCUCAAAAGGGCUGCUCCACCCCAGGGGGCAACCGAGACUGAGAUUACAGAAUGCUCAGUUGUAUCAGAGGGACCAGUACAACAAAAUGACAUCCAAAUGCCGCAACAGGAUCCGCUGAGUGCUCCAGUCACGGUGGGCCCUGGCGCUGGACUGCAAGGGGCCCAGGCGGCGGUGUCAUCUACCAUGGCUCCAGCGCCGGUACACGAUGACAGUUACAGCUCCAAUGGUUCAACAGCAUUGGUUCCAUCUGUUACGUCUACAGCUACAGCUCUAAUGGACUUCCCCGAAUCCUCAGCGCAAGGUGCAGCAAGAGAGGUGAUUCCAUGUUAA